AUGUUGACCACGUUGCUACUUUUACUCUUUGUUUGCACAGCUCACGCACAAUCCAAUGGCUGUCAAACCCCAGACAAACAACCAGGUUUCUGCAUAGUGGUUCAAUCAUGCAAAACCUUGUCUGACUUUGUUUCCAAACUUCCAAAACCCUUCUCACCAGCGAUCCGCGAAAAAAUAAAAGCGUACCAAUGUGGUGUGUCCGGAAACAAAGCCAAAGUAUGUUGUCCAUUAAAACCCAUCAUUGAUCAGUCUGGAGGAGGUUCCGAGGGCUUCCAAUUCCCUGACGUCUCCAACCACAGGAACAUCAAUCUCUUACCGAAGAGCUGUGGUCAUUUGGACACCUUCGUCAACAAGGUAGUGAAUGGUAACGAAACGGUUUUGUUUGAGUUCCCAUGGAUGGCACUUUUGUCGUACCAGACCAAAAGGGGACCAGAUUUUCGCUGUGGUGGUAGCAUCAUCAACGAAAACUACAUACUCACGGCAGCCCACUGCGUCGUCAAUGUCGAAAGAGCGGGACUCAAACUAAUUGGAGUCCGUGUUGGAGAGUACGACCUUCGUACUACGACAGACUGCCAAACGGAUAACGGAGAAGAAAUAUGUUCUCCUCCGGUGCAAGACCUAGCAAUUGAAAAAGUUAUCCCUCAUGCGAGAUUCGACAGCAAGUCCAUCCUCAACGAUAUAGCACUCAUUCGAGUUUCCAAAAUCGAUCUAGAGCAAGAAAACACACAACCUGUGUGUCUGCCCCUGGGUAACACCGGUAACUUCAAUUACACCAACAGAAGAGUGGUUGUGACUGGCUGGGGGAAGACCGAAAAAGGUGCAGCAAGUCCUGUUCUCCUUAAGGCAGAACUUGAAGUUUCUCCUCGAAAAGAAUGCCAAGAAAAACACACUCGUAACAAGAUACAGGACACCCAGCUGUGUGCUGGUGGGCAAGGGGGCCCGAAGGCCGCCGAUUCGUGUAACGGGGAUAGCGGAAGCCCUUUGCACUCCUUGGAGUUCCUUCACGAGGAGCCUAGAUACAUCCAGCAGGGAAUAGUUUCCUUCGGGCCGAGCGACUGCGGAAAAGUAGACAUUCCGGGGGUCUAUACCAGAGUGGCUUCCUAUCUGGACUGGAUCCUGGACCAGCUACAACCGUGA